AUGCCUACAGUGAGCGACCUGAUCGUGCAAUCCGCCCAGAACGCACGGAAAUGCUCUGAACUCUCAUCAGACAACGACGACCUCAAAGAGAAGAUCGUGUUCCACAAGCGUAAGCACGACAAAUGGAAGACGAGGGCUAAACACCUGGCCCAACAACUCAAGGUGCAGCGUACCGAAGCUACCGCGCAACGUCGUUUCUGCAGCGAACUCCAUGGCAAACACCAUUCCUGCGACUAUCUCACCCAUCGUCGUUACUCGCGCGAGUACCAGGCAAGACUGGAUGGCAUAGUCGCCUUUGAAAAUGCAACCCGAAGGACUUCCGAGGAAGAGUUGCUUGAAGAGAAGCGUUGCCGGCGGUUCUAUGAGCGCGAAUAUUGGAAGCUGAGAGAAGAGCAGCGAGGCGCGGACCUUGCAGUUGAUCACAAAACGGUUGCACUUGAGGAGGCUGUGGAGCGAGAACGCCGAGAGAAGGAGGAGUUGAUGCACGAGUGUGGGAAACUGAAGGAAGAGCGGACGGACGAGAAACACGAGUUUGAUCGGAAAAUAAACGCGCUCGGGGAGGUUGUGAAACAAGAGCGCCGGGAGAAGGAGGAGUUGGUGCAAGAAUGUCGAAAACUGAAGAAAGAAUGCGCAGAGCACACCCGCAGCCUAGAACAGGCAAGCAUUUGGGGGAAAGCUCUUGUUGAAGAGAGGGUGAGGAAUUCAGAGUUACAGCGCGAGAAUCGCGAUCUGAAGUAG